AUGGCCGGUCUCUCCAGAAUCCACACGUUCUUCCUCGGCGGCCUCGCUCUGUGGGCUCUCAUCACCUGGUGCAUUGCCGCCGGUCUCGUCAACAAGUACCGUGGCCACUACGACUCGGCCAACGCUGUCCUCGCCUGGGGAAUCAUCUCGUGGCUCUGGUACCUCGUCUACCUCGGUAUCCUCCUCUUCGUUAGCACUACGACAUGGGCCACUGCCAUCAUUGUUGAGAUUGCCGUCGGCUUCUUCCUCUUCGUCUUCGGCAUUGCGGCGGUCGGUUCUACCUCUUCCGCCGCCGAUGCCUUCCGCUGGUGGGGUGGUUCCCUGGGCAGCCUCGGGCAGGCUACUCUUGCGUUCGGAUGGAUCCUCGUCAUUGCGCAGCUCGCGUACAUCGUCUUCCUCAUCGUGUACCUCGCCAAGGGCCACGGCUUCGCUCAGCAGACUCUCCGCACGUCCUUCCACGACCUGUCCGAGUACGGCUCGGGCGCUGGUACUGGCGGCGGCGUCGUUGAGAAGCCGACCGAGCUUUCGACCGUCCCUGCCCCUGCGCCGGUGACGGCCACGGUCUAA